UUCAGUCAUUUGAAAUCAAAGGAAGCUGAUGGAGAUUUUUCACUCCUCGACUGUCGUUCCGUAGAAGGCGAACAGAAAAAUUUUGAUUUAGAAAGUGAGUUAUAGAAUAAUCCAACAGCAAAGUGCUGGUGUUCAAGGUUGCAGUUUUUCCAGGACAAAUAAUACUCCUUUGUUAUAUAAAUAUUUAUGAGAUUUUGUUACGAGUGACGCAAGUGAUUUACGCUGCCAGCGAAAGUUGUAAUUAUCCUAAGAGUUUUGAAAACGUGUGGCAAACUGACGACCAAUAUAAGAUUGGCUCUAUUCACGAGAACAAAAAUCAAAAAAGGAGGGUCACAAUUGCUCGCAUCGGGAUGCCUCCCUAUCGUUACCCUACCCAGAACUUUACGUAUGUGAGUUCAUGCGUAAAAUACAUGAUUUUUCUGCUAAAUUUUGUGUUCUGGUUGUUUGGAGGAUUACUGAUUGGAAUCGGAUUCUAUGCCUUCAUUGACAAAUGGCAAGCUACGGGGCUGAUCAAAUUGGAAACAUUUUACGACAUCGUGUUGAAUAUUUCACUAGUUAUGAUAAUUGCUGGAGGAAUCGUGUUUAUCGUGAGCUUCGCUGGAUGCCUGGGAGCAUUAAGAGAAAACACUUGCUUGCUUAAGUUCUACUCACUGUGUCUCUUAAUGUUUUUCCUGUGUGAAAUGGCUGUGGCUAUCGUUGGAUUUGUGUUUCCACAUAAGAUGAACAUUGUUUUGGAAGAGCGAUUUACUGACAAAAUUAUUACAACAUAUCGUGAUGAUCCAGAUCUCCAAAAUCUAAUAGAUUUUGCGCAGCAAGAGUUCCAUUGCUGUGGACUAAGCAAUGACGGAUACUUGGACUGGGGAAAGAACGAAUAUUUCAACUGUUCCUCGCCAAGUGUAGAAAAGUGUGGUGUACCGUACAGCUGUUGUAUCAAUGCCACAGAUAUUUCUUCCGGGUUGGUCAAUAUUAUGUGUGGCUAUCAUAUUCAGCAGCAGUCAGUCGCAGCGGCUAGUAAGAAAAUUUGGACAAGCGGAUGUAUUGAAAUUGUCCGCGUCUGGGCCGAAAGAAAUCUGUAUCUAAUAGCUGGCAUAGCGCUGGGAGCAGCUCUCAGUCAGUUGUUUGUGAUCUAUUUGGCCAAAACAUUGGAAGGUCAAAUUGAUCUGCAGAAAAGUCGCUGGUCGUCGUGAGCUUACGUGGGCUGGGGCGGUGGACGGGCAGUUUAAGAGCGGAGAUAAUGACUGGAUUGACUACCAGCCGGAUUCCACCAUUGAAUGUUUACUAAAUGAUAUGUAAGAUCUGGCAGUAAUUUCGUUUUUAAACACGCGAUUGUUGGGAGACUGAACAUAAAAUAUGCGCCAUCUAUCGGUGACCAGCACCUGAUGUUGAAGUGAAGACUUAGCAGAAAAUAGCUGAAAAUGUCAGCAAUUAGUGUUCCCUGUGUAUAUCCAACUAGAACUUACGUUUAAUUUUACGAUAUAGCCAAUAUGCUACAACAAACAAAGACACAAAAACCGUUCACAUUUCAUAAAUUGAUAUUAAACACGUUAUAAACCCAAGUAACUAGCCCUAAUAUCGAUGCAUUUUACUAACUAGAGUACGCAUACUCUAACUCAUUUUGCUGUUUCAAACAUUAACAAUAGUAUUUUUAAUAUGUUCAGAACAAAAUGACUGAUAUUUUUUAUAUACACAACUUUGCAAAUUUGAUAUAGUUCCGCGUCACUCUCCGGGCAACAUAAAGCAACAUUACUAGUUACCGCAUGUGUUCUGAUGCCUUCCAAUUUCAAACCACUAAAACCGCAUUUUUUUAAAGUGUUUAUGAUAAAGCAGUGAUGCAUAAUUAUAAUUUGCUUUUAUUCGAAGUAUGUUUUGCAUCAAUCUAAACUUUGAAUCAUACAAUUAAAUAAUUUUAAUGACAUGUAAUUGCCAACGUUAAUGACUCUUGAAUACGUAACUAAAAUCACAAAAACAUACAUUGCCGCUAGAUCUUUCUAUGUCGCUCAACGUUUACUAUUUACUAUUAUACUUUAUGAAUGAAAUUACAAAUAUUGAAAAUUAUUGUAUCUAUAUUUGGAUGACUAGACUAGCGUAACAGUAAUGUUGCUUACCGACAUUGUAAACUGUUUCCAACGAAUGUGAUAGUUAUAUCUCUUGUGUUUAGUAAAGAUGUGUUAUUCUACAUUGAAAAUUGAACGUGCAAUGUGUAACAGCAAGCACUUGACUUCCAGUAUUGAAAAACGAAAGUUUUGCUGAAAAAUCUCACUACUAUGACAUGUUUUAUAAUCUUUCGCCGUUUGUCAUCUCCCUGAGAAAAUCUCAUAGAUUUUAUAUUGUGAAAAUUCUAUCAUAAACGUCGGACCACCAACUCAAAUUACGAUUCAAGAUGUUCUUUGGAUGGAAAUGGAUAUUAGGAAAGUUAUAUACGUUCAGCCAGUAUGUUGAACAAGAAAUACAGAGGAAUGUCUAAUAACCUAAAUGAGAAUCAAAUAAUAGAAGUAAUUAACUAUGUCAUUAUUUGUAAAGCUCAAACAGGUAGGGUUGCAACCGAAAUUAUAUGAAUAUCUGUCAAGAUUGAUAAAUAAAACCUGGUGUCAUGAAGGACUUCUUUAA